AUGCACAAAGGCGCAAAGGUACAACGCAUAGUAUGUCCGAAUACGCACGUGUAUUCUUGCAGCAACCCAACCUGCUCACUUCUCUGUAGUUUCCUUGCUAACAACCUUAUGCUGUUCUUCCCGUGCCUCUCUCGAGGCUACUAACUAUCUCUAACAACAAGUUCCGGUCAAGCUAUAUACUUAGUUAGCCUUGGGAACUCGCUUGAUAUGCGAUUUGAGCGCAUAGGAUGACGAGCGAUUUAAUUGGUCCAUGUCGUCCUUUCAAGAAGGAUGGAAGUGUCGCAAUUCCCCCCGGUCGGUUCGUAUUAGUCUAGCUAGGGGAUUGGCUAAUCACCUCGCUACAAAGUUUGACUGGGAAGGUUCAAGCACCUUGCUUGAAGAGGCUGUAGAGCUUCUUCGGACUGUCAGCCUACGAUCGCUACGACAUACAGACAAACAGUACGCGCUCGUCGGAGAUUCAUCUUCCGUGGGUCAAGAAGAGAAUAGACGUUGGAAGGCUGAGAAUUGUUCCAAAGAAAUGUUGGUUGAGAUUCGUUCAGAAAGGGGAUUUCAAAACUUCCUCCUUCCACCUACUGAGGACGAAUUAAAGAUGGCGGCAUCUUCUGGCCCUAUUGUUGUCGUCAACGUCAGCCUACCGACGUGAUGCCUUUUUAGUUCGUCACGACUGCCCAAUAAGCGUAGUGGGACUUCCAAAUCUGCAGCUCAAGGAUGUUGGGAGCUACAUUGGG